AAAAAAAAAAAAAAAGUGAAUUGGGCAACCGACCAUUCACAUUUCGUUUACCCCGAGACGAUCAUCCAAUUCUACACUAGAGUGGAGGAAAAAGAAGAGAAUUAAAGAUAAAGAAGAACACAAAAUCUAAAGCCCUCAAUCGUCGACCUCUCCAAUACCAAAAGAAAAAUCCCUAGAGAGAAGAAGAAAGAGUUAGGCUUGGAAAUUGGAAGAUGACACCAGUUUGUCCAUUCGUGAAAGCUUCUCGCCCAGACGAGGCCUCUCCGAAGAAAUGUCCUUUUGGCUUUGAUUCCCAAACGACAACUUCUAACAACAAACAACAACAACAACAACAACAAUCGUCUGUCGUAGAGGCGAAAUGCCCAUUUGGGUAUGAUUCUCAGACGUUCAAGCUGGGCCCACUUAGCUGCGUCAUAUGCCAAGCUCUUACCUUUCAGUGCAGCAGAUGUGUUCCUUGUACUCAUGCUUUUUGCAAAGCAUGUAUUUCACGGUUUAAGGAUUGUCCGCUUUGUGGAGCUGAUAUAGAGAAGAUUGAAGAGGAUGAGAAAAUUCAGAGCAUGGUGGAUCGCUUCAUUGAAGGUCAUGCUAGAAUUAAGCGAACCCAUGUUGAUAAUAAUGUAGAGGAGAAAGAGGAAGGUGGGGCUGAUUCUCAGAAAAAUAAGACUGUGAUUUAUGAGGAUGUGUCUUUGGAGAGAGGUGCUUUCUUGGUUCAACAUGCCAUGAGGGCAUUGCGAGCCCAAAAUUUUGAAAGUGCCAAGUCAAGGCUAAGUCUGUGUGCAGAAGACAUCCGAGAUCAGUUAGAAAAAAUGGGCCACACUUCUGACUUAUGUUCUCAGCUUGGAGCAGUUCUGGGUAUGCUGGGUGACUGCUGUCGAGCAACUGGUGAUGCUGAUUCUGCCAUCUCUUAUUUUGAAGAGAGUGUUGAAUUUCUUUCAAAACUGCCAAGAGAUGAUCUCGAGAUAACACAUACACUUUCUGUUUCGCUUAACAAAAUUGGAGAUCUGAAAUAUUACGCUGGAGACCUGCAAGCUGCAAGAUCUUACUACUUUAGGUCUUUAAAUGUUCGACGUGACGCUGUCAAGAAUAAUCCAAAUGUUUCGUCCCAGAUCCUGGAUCUGGCUGUAUCACUUGCAAAAGUUGCAGAUGUGGACAGGAGCUUAGGGAAUGAGGAUGUUGCGGUCAACGGAUUCGAAGAAGCCAUAAAAUUGGUAGAACCGUUGAAAUUGAAACCUGAAGAAACAGGCCUUGAGCAACGGCUCGUUUCGGUGCUAGAGUUCCUUAAAAGCCAACUUGUGGAGAAACAAGCUGAGACAGCACUCUGAGUUAAGCUCUUUCGUUGAUGAAGAGAGAGAACAAAACGAGCACCAACCGCAGCUUUUAUGAUCUAUGACGAAGAUGAUGUAUUUUUCGCAGUGGCAAACUUGAAUAAAGCGCCUUCUGUUCUUGUCUAAUAUGCCUCGGCAACGCUAUCAGCAAGUGCCACUGAACUUGUUGUAUAUAAGAGUCUCAUAUGCGAGCGAACUUCAGCAAGUAGCACAAGUACCAACCUUUUUUCCUUAUCUGAGUUUGAUUUGUUGCACAUUACUGAACUCCUCCUUGUAAUAUUCUCAAUAA